CGAAAGCCGCGACUGGGUGGUGAAGUCAUUUUGCAAAAGUCAUCAGUUUCGUAUAGCGGAUUUGAAAAAAUAGUUUUAAUAUCUUUGAAUACUAUCCAGUAAUUCAUUAGCGUAAACCUAAAUGUUAAAAAAGUGUUUAGGAAUUUUGUCAAAAGUUUGUUACUUCAUUAUAAGUGAAAAAUUAUAAGCAUGUGUAUAAAAGGCAGUGGUGGUGUACAAUAGUUAUUGUAUAGAGCAAGUAGGCCAGCAGCCGAGCUGUCUGCCUUUUGGGAAAAGCAGCGGACGCCGGUAGUGGCCGUCCGUAGAAUGGGAACAGGUGAUCGCCUCCUGGACAUCCCAUGCAAUGUUUGCGGCGACAGAAGUUCGGGAAAACAUUACGGCAUUUACAGUUGCGAUGGAUGUUCGGGUUUCUUCAAAAGGUCAAUACACAGGAACAGAGUAUACACAUGCAAGGCUGGUGGCGAUAUGAAAGGUCGAUGUCCCGUGGACAAAACACACCGGAAUCAAUGCCGCGCUUGUAGACUCGCCAAGUGCUUUCAAGCCAACAUGAACAAAGACGCUGUACAGCACGAGCGUGGUCCUCGGAAGCCCAAGUUACACGCCGGUUUAACUGCACUUCCGCCUCCACCUCUGGCUCACACUCAUAAGCCACAUCCGCUCAAGUUAUCUCCACCGUCACCAUACACUCCACUACCACAACCGUUCAAUUUUCAGUUUAGCAUGAGCGGCAUGAGCGAGCAGGCUCCUUUGAGCACGGCGUCAUCAGCGGGCUCCAGUGGAGCUGGCGGAGCCGGUGCUGUGAGCCCUUUGCCGCUCAUGGCUGAACCCUUCCUGGCACCACCUCCACCCGGUCUGCUUCACAUCCUCAUGUCUUCAGACAAAUGUCAGGAAUUAAUGUGGAGCGCCAAGCAGUUACAAUUACAAGGGGAUCCUACAGUACUGCGGCCACCGGCCAGUGCAUUUGGGGCACCAUUGGCACCGACCUGGGAACUACUGCAGGAAACGAGCGCGCGUUUGCUGUUCAUGGCAGUGCGGUGGGUACGGUGUUUGGCGCCGUUCCAGGCGUUAGCCCCGAGCGAUCAACUGGUCCUACUACGAGCAGCUUGGAAGGACUUAUUCCUCUUACAUUUGGCUCAGUGGUCUGCACCCUGGGACCUCGGGCCUUUGCUCGCUGCACCCGCCGCCAGGGCACGUUUACCCCUGGAACCGCUUGCGGACUUGGAGUUGAAUACAUUGCAGGAAAUAUUAUGUCGGUUUCGUCAAAUAGCGCCUGAUGGCAGCGAAUGCGGCUGUAUGAAAGCAAUUGUACUUUUUUCUCCAGACACACCUGGACUUGGUGAAACACAACCCGUGGAAAUGCUACAAGAUCAGGCGCAAUGCAUCUUGGCCGAUUAUGUACGAACUAGAUACACAAGACAGCCUACGAGAUUUGGUCGUUUGCUUCUAUUACUGCCUUCGCUGCGAGCAGUUCGCGCUCGUUCAAUCGAGCUUCUACUGUUCCGGGAUACUGUUGGCGACGUAUCCGUGGCUACAUUAUUGCAUGACAUGUACCGUAUGCAGCCCGUGCCAGUCUCCGCACCCGGAUUCCAUCCACCACCGCCGACAACUGAACACUGCGCUUCUCCUUAAAUCGUUCCUAUAAGAUAGCACGCGUAUAGUUCACGACAGAUCGAGUUGACAAUCGAUAAGCUUGGAAUAGUAUAUAGAAAUAACUAAGUGGUUCAAAUAUAAAUUCAUUGAUUCUAAAAAUAACCGUGCGAUUAUAAAAACCAUGGGAUGUCGAUGCGCGUCGUUAGUUAUAUAAUUAGAUAGAGAACUGUUUUACAUUGUGCAAUCAAGUUGAAAAAUUAAAAGUCCUUUGAACUAAAAAUCUGUCGUGAUCAGAAUUGCACAUUAGAAAAUAACUACACAAUUAGACCGCUACAAAUGAAUCUGUUUUUUGCAUAAAAAACGUCUCGUUUAGAUAUUUUCGGUUGGUCUUUUGUAUAAUUAAAAUAAUACAAUUCAUAUUUGCAAUACUUCUAAUUGAUAAUGUUUUCUGUGAAUCAAUAAAAUAGAUCUAAUUUAAGAUCUAUCAGAUUUCUCAUAUUAGUUUUCCCAGUACUACGAAAGGACUACGAAAGUUAAAAAGCCUGCUUCGUAUGAUUACUAAUAAAAUUAUUUGGUUAUAACUCAUAGAUAAAAGUAUACUAGUUCGAUAAUAUUACGCUCUCUACGCAAUAUACAUAUUAAAUCCGACAGGAUUACUAUAUUGAUUUUUUUUAUUAUGAUUUCUACAAAACUUUCUAGGUAACUGGUGUGAUUAACAUGCAUGUUGUUUGUGCAUACAAAUGGAUAUCACCAACUGAAUAAGUAGAUUUGUUGCAAUUUUCUUACAUAUAUGAUAUUAUACUAUAAAUAUCAUUAUAUAAUGAUAUUUUCAGACAUUUAACAGGUAGAAUAAUGAUUGUACCUUAUUCAUUAAUCUAGUCUAAUCCUCUAGUCUUUGCAAGAAUAUCUGUAAAAUUGUAUAGUUAAAAUUUAAGUAUAAAAUAUUAUAAUUCUUAAAGUAAGGUUAGUCAGGUCCACUGUAUGUUGUUACUAUAAUUAUAAAUUACCUA